AUGGAGCUGCCGUGGGUGCUGCUGGCGCUGGCUGGGAUGGGCGCAGCUGCGGACCUGGGUGACUCCGUGGGGGACGGGGCAGAGGGGGACCGGGACCUGGAGGGGCUGCGAGGCGUUUGUCCAGGGAGGGCCCAGCUGCCCUACGUGCCCCAUGUGCCCCCCAUGGCACUGCUGGGCAAGAUCACUGCCAGCACCUUCACGCUGGAGAGGCCCCGCUGCGUCUUCGAUGGCCACGCCGAUGCCUCCGACGCCGUUUGGCUGGCGGUGGCCUUUGCCAACGCAUCUGCCAGCUUCAGAAAUCCCCUGUCCCGGGCCGACGUGCCCCCGUACAAGCAGCUGCCCACUGCCCGCUCCUACAUGACGCUGGAGACGGCGGCGGCCGCGUAUUCCUGCUCGGCACUGAGCCCGCCCGUCCUGCGGGUCGGGGGUGACACGGCGUGCAGGGACCAGGGCAGACAGGACCCCUGCAAUGGACCCCUGCCCUCCCCGGGACCCUACAGGGUGAAGUUCCUGCUGAUGGGCUGCCGCGGCCCUAAAGCGGAGACGCGGUGGUCCGAGCCCAUCCUCCUGCGCAGAGCCGUCAGCCCGAGCACCAUCGACCCUGCGCCCGCUCGCCGUGGCACUGCCGUGGUGGUCAUCACCUCCAUCCUGGCCAGCCUGGGGGCCGUGCUGGCCACCACCGUGCUCGGAGCCCUGGGUGCCAAGAUGUGGGGCUCCCUGUGCUACCAGAAUUUGGGGACUGACACCUUCAUCCGCAGAUCCUACCGGACCCACCACAUUCCCCCGGCCCUGCCCCAGCCCCUGCCCCCCGGCUGCAGGGUCACCUUCAGCUAG